GCUGCCAACUCUUUACCAAAAAGGCCACACGCGGCUUUACUAUACCCUAUUUCAACCUUGACUCAAAGAUUCAAUUACCUAACCACCUAACGGGCCCUUUUAUUAUAGAGAUCAACUUGGGUUAGGUCCAAAUUCGCCAUGACGAUGUCUGAGGGAGACGGCCACAAUGGGCUAAAUGGGCUAAAUGGGCUGAAUGGGCUGAAUGGGUCCCAGAGAUUGUCCACUCAGCCGUCCGCGCCUAGGAAGAAAUUUGCGAUUCCUCCCGUCAAAAACGCCUGUCUAUCUUGCCGCGCAUCGAGGACGAGAUGUAAUGGCGAGAACCCAUGCGCAAGUUGCCUGACAAAGGAUCGCGAAUGCGUGUAUAAACCCAGUAGACGAGGAGGGCCUCGCAUUCGCAAGAAGGCCCGGCCGAUGUCAGAUUAUCAAGACCUGGCCAUAUCGCUUCCUACUCAACAAGAAGAAAUCCCACAGGACAGGGUAGCGCUUCUUAUCGAAAACUACAUAGAGCCCGGCGCAGGUCUUAAGCCCCUGGCUGAUAUCUGGAGGGACAGCGAUGCUAUUUAUGACAAUUUAUUUCAAGAUAUUUUGGCAGAUGCCACCACCCCCAAUGUCCAUGUCCCGAUGGUCAGGACCUACGGAGGGAAUGACCGGGCUAUAUUGAAUGCGUAUUAUAUAUGGAUCCAUCCUUACUUCCCUAUUCUACCGCCGCCAGAAACGCCGCCGGUACUUGAUGAAGUCUUGCCUCUCUACGAAAAUGAGAGAGCCAAGUUUGAAGAGCCGACUUCAGCUAUCGCUCUGGCCAUCUCCGCCAUCCUGGCCCUCAUACCAUGUCCCCAGGAUCCCAACCCAAUGGACCCAGAGUCAAUCCGCUGGAGACGGGCGUACUCGCAAUUCUUCGCUAAGGCAGCACUAGAGAGCAUCGAAGCUGAGACGGAAAGACCUGAAUCGUCCAUUGAACCGCCAAAAGCUCUAGAUGACUCCGAUGAUGAGAUUUUCCGGGAGAAGUUCCACUCACAAGUCCCUUUAGAGCUAGAAAGCGUUAUCGCCCUCGAUCUUCUCAGCGUCUACGAAUAUGCGCAGCGUGGGAACUUGAAGAAGAUGCGGGCCAGGGUUGGAGCUGCUUUGAUGUCCGCUAUGUCCUUAAACCUCCACACUCGUAGUGACGUUGAAGAUGAAUAUUCCGAAGCGCGACGUCGGACGUGGUGGAUGACAUAUAUCUGCGUCUGUCAGGGGUCAAUUGUUAGCAAUACACCCCCGACGCUUGAUGUCUUCUCAUCUACCUUUAAUGCUAAGUAUCCGACCAUCGCGGCCGACCCAGAGGCAUGGCCCUUAUUUGUUCAAGCUCAGCAAGCCAUUCUUGCGGCGACCCAAUUCGUCAUCGACUUCAACAAAGCUAGAAAGGAGCAAGCGGAUAUGACUCGUAUAUAUAAUAGAAUGCGAGAACUAGAACGCGUGUUGGAACCUUUGAUCACCAAAUCCGAAACAUGGCUAUUAAAUUGCCCACUAACGCAGCCAGUCGACAGGACGGAGUUAGUGCUAUCUCAGUCGUUGCGGUGUAUUUCGCGCAUCAAGCUGAACAGUGCUCGAAUCAAAGUCCACCGGUAUUGCGCUUUCUUCGAUCUCGCCGUGUUUUCAGGGAAACAUUGUGAUUUAAAGAGCACAAAAGAGAAGAAUGGAGGCGACAGCCCGGAAAGCGUAACCCAACUCCAAUCAUGCUGCACUUCUAACAUGGGAAAUACGCCAUCCAUGGGCAGUACGCCGUCUUCACACUCGAGUCCGUCUGGAGGAUCGGUGUCACCCACGCUCUCCAACCGAUCUACACCUAACGUAGAUUCCUGUGGCUUUGCGUAUCAGCCGAUGGCACCUGUUCAACCAUUCCCAUUCACCACCCAUCACUCCUCGAAGAUAUGUCUGAAGUCCGCUUUAAAUAUAGCUCAGGCAUUCGAUUCCAUGCCCUACCCGAAUCCUACUGGCUUGCUUUGCGACGCGCCAUGCUACCUAGGGCCAUCUUCGACAUUGAUCACACCACGGACGAUGCCGUCUUUCGCCUGUUGUGCGAUGCAGUGCAGUUAUGCGUUGCUUAUGGUCAAGGAUAGAACAGAGACGAUGUACCCCAACGCUAAUGGCGAAGCUGGGGCUCUCGUUGAUAAUCUCCGCGACCGUCUGCAACAAGGAUUAGUAUCCAUUUUAGUAACACUUGAGAACUAUGCGACGGCUUUCGAAGCCUUGGGUGGGAUGAGAGACCAGAUUCGAGAUAAGGUUGAUUUAUCGCUAGGGUUCUGACAUGGGCUGGAUGAUCUUUCGUUAUGAUGGAAAAUACGGGUGUUCUGUGGGCUAUGGAGGCAUUCUAGGGCGCAAUCGUUAUAUGUAGCUUCAGUGGCUUCUCCUCUCCUUGGACUAAUGCGACGGGA